CACACCAUUUUCUUUUCUUAUCAUUAUUCUUUAUCAUCUUCUUCAUCAUCCUCUGUUGUUGAUUAUUUUUUUCCUUCAGUUGGCUCAAGCUUUUUCUCCACCAUGUCAUCAAAUCAAACAUCCCUGAACCGAGCCAAGCUUCCAAACAAUGACCUUGAGCAACAUGCAACAACUCUGGAGAUCGAAGCCGAGGACACCUUUGACUACUCGAAAAGAUCUCAGUGGCUGCGCGCUGCCGUGUUGGGAGCCAACGAUGGUUUGGUCUCGACAGCAUCUCUCAUGAUGGGUAUUGGAGCCGUGAAGCAAGACCUGAAGGUCAUGAUCUUAUCAGGGUUUGCAGGGUUGGUGGCAGGGGCUUGCAGCAUGGCCAUAGGUGAGUUUGUGUCUGUGUACUCACAGCUUGACAUAGAGGUUGCCCAGAUGAAGAGAGAAAGAGAAAGGAUGUCUGGUAGUGACAGAGAAGGAGUAGUAGAAGAUACCAAUGGAGAAGAGAAAGAGGGUUUGCCAAAUCCUUUGCAGGCUGCAGCAGCAUCAGCUUUAGCUUUUUCUGUUGGUGCAAUGGUGCCAUUGCUUGCAGCCUCCUUUAUAAGGGAAUUUAAGGUGAGGAUUGGGGUGGUUGUGGCGGCCGUGACCGUUGCUUUGGCGGUGUUUGGUUGGUUAGGGGCUGUGUUGGGUAAGGCUCCAGUUUUGAGAUCUUCUUUGAGGGUCUUGUUUGGGGGUUGGAUGGCCAUGUUCAUCACUUUUGGUCUAACCAAGUUGAUUGGUUCAAGUGGACUCUAGAAUAGUAUCCUAUCUUUGUUUUGUAUUCAUGUUAUAUGUUAUAUGUAGUUAUAACUUGUUAAUUAUGCAGUUAUGUAGACUCUCUUCAUUUUUGCUGAAAAUGAUGAGACGAGACAUAGGUUAAAGAAAGUUGUUUUGAUUGGUAUAACUAGCACAUAAAGAGAGUAAGGUGUUUCAAAGUAUUGUAAUCUGUACAUGGAGUUCUCUUUAUUUGCAUGAUGAUAAUUGAUAAUUAUAAAGCUUGGAGUUU